AUGGGCGAUGUCAAUUUCUUACAAAAAGCAAUUCAAAUUGUACAACAAGCGACUGAACAAGACAAUGCAAAGAACUACGCAGAAGCUCACAGAUUAUAUAUACUUAGUUUAGAUUGGUUUACAACUGCUUUAAAAUAUGAAAAGAGUGAAAGAUCGAAAGCAACAAUCAAGGCAAAGACGAUGGAGUAUCUUCAGCGUGCAGAACAACUGAAAGAGUAUUUGGAAAAGACUAAAAAUAAGAAACCGGUUGCUGCGAUGAAUGGAACUUCAAAGCCGAGUGCCAAUAAUACAAAGAAGGGUGGAAGUGCCGACGACGACGAGGACGUCGAUCCAGAGGACAAGAAGCGUAAUGACUCACUGUCCUCAUCGAUCUUGACAGAGAAACCCAACGUAAAGUGGGACGAUGUAGCCGGUCUGCAUCAAGCCAAAGAAUAUCUCAAAGAGGCAGUCAUCUUCCCCAUCAAAUUCCCACAGAUGUUCACAGGAAAGAGAAAGCCAUGGAAAGGUAUUCUUCUAUAUGGUCCACCAGGUACUGGUAAAUCAUACUUGGCAAAAGCCGUUGCAACAGAGAUCUCUUCGACAUUCUUUUCGAUUUCACCAUCCGAUAUCGUAACCAAGUGGCUUGGUGACAGUGAGAAGCUGGUGAAACAACUCUUUGAAAUGGCAAGAGCAGCAAACAACAGUGUAAUAUUUGUAGAUGAAAUCGAUUCUCUUUGUUCAUCACGUAAUGACCAAGAGAGUGAAUCUUCCAGACGUAUCAAGACAGAGUUUUUGAUUCAACUCGAUGGUGUUGGUAAUGAUUCGGAUGGUGUUUUAAUUUUGGCAGCAACCAAUAUUCCUUGGGGAUUGGAUUUGGCUAUUAGAAGACGUUUCGAGAAGCGUAUCUAUAUCCCAUUGCCAGAUCCACACGCACGUAUAAAGAUGUUCCAAAUCCACAUUGGAAACACACCGAAUACCCUCACACCACAGGAUUUCAAGAGAAUGGCAGAGAUGACCGAAGGUUAUUCCGGUGCCGAUAUCCAGAUCGUGUGUAAAGACGCCAUUAUGCAACCGAUCCGUACCGUCCAGACUGCAACUCACUUUAAGAACAUCCGUGGACCAUCGCGUGAAGAUCCCAAUGUAAUCGUAGAGUAUAUCACACCCUGCUCACCGGGUGAUCGCGACGCCAUGGAGAUGACCUGGAUGGAGAUCGACGGAUCCAAACUCAAGGAGCCAGAGAUCACCAUCAACGACUGCGUCAAGAGUAUUCGUACUGUCAAGCCAUCGGUUAGUUCCAAGGACUUGGAUAAAUAUAUAGAAUUCACAAGAGAUUACGGUCAAGAAGUUUAA